UUAUUAGGUGAAUUAAAAAAUGGGGGUGUCAUGGGUGCAACAACUAAUUUGCAAAUUGAUUUCCCACUCCUUUAAUUGUCCUCUCCCUCAAGACUCGUUCUGAUCAUCCCUUUCUCUCUUCUUCUUCCUUUCAUCAAUUAAAUUACACCAAAAAUAUCAUAUUCAUGAAUUCUCAAGAGAAAGGUCGGCCAUUGCCGAAAUUCGGGGAGUGGGAUGUAAAUAAUCCAGCCUCGGCAGAUGGAUUCACUGUCAUAUUUGCUAAGGCUAGAGAUGACAAGAAGGCUAAUAGCAGUGCAGCACCAACACAAACGCCCAGAAAUGACUAUGCAUAUGGACAACCUAACCCUUAUCAGCAAGAAACCAGGAAAAAAAGGUUUUGCUGUUUCUGAAAGCAGGAUGUUUCGGUGGCUGUGAAUUAUGAGACUUUAAGGCCAUCGGAUAUUGCAGUUCAAGUCUGCCAAGUGGGAGAAUGAGUGCUGCACCUUCUGUUUGUAUUUUACUCUAUUGAUUAUUGUUGCAUAUAAGGUUUUCUUCAACUCUCUCUCUAGUCUCUAUUCCCCAAUAUAUGUAUGUAUUCAGGGGAAUCGUCGACCAACACACGCUAAUGUAUUCUACUUGAAAAGCAUAGUCGAUCACUCUCUCCAUUUAUAUCACUUACGCAUCAUCCAUCACUAUACUGAAUUUUUAUGAGCAAAUUUUCAAUGUUCGAUUUGAAUAUUUGAACCUACAUGGACUAUGUAUCUUAUACAUUAUGAUGAUGAAACUUGUUCAUCAAA